AUGAAGGACAUUCAAAGCCUUACCGGACGCGUCGCGGCCUUGACUCGCUUCAUAUCAAAGGCUACCGACAAAUGUGUACUGUUCUUUAAAGCCUUGAAAGGGGGCAAACGGAAUAUCAUAUGGACUGCCGAGUGUGAUAAAGCGUUUCAAGACUUAAAGGACUACAUGGGCAGAGCACCCCUUUUAUCAAAACCACUACCUGGGGAGAUUCUUUCCCUAUACCUUUCAGUAUCUAGCACUGCCGUCAGUUCGGUAUUGAUUCGAAAACCAGAGAAGGCAGAGCUACCGAUUUUCUAUGUCAGCAAGAAACUCCAGAGUGCUGAACUUCGGUAUCCCCCAUUAGAGCAGCUUGCACUAGCCCUGGUGGUCUCGGCACGAAGACUUCGGCCAUACUUCCAAGCACACCGGAUCAAAGUUCUGACUAACCUACCUCUUCGGCAGGUGCUCCAAAAACCAGAGACUUCUGGCCGAUUGAUCAAGUGGGCGAUCGAACUCGGAGAGUUCGAUAUACAAUUCAUGCCAAGGCCCGCCGAAAAGGGUCAAGCCAUUGCCGAUUUCAUCUCCGAGCUCACCCCAUCAACAGCACAGCCGGCACCCGAGCCGGUUACCGAGACCGGAUUGCCGGAGGAACUAGACACCGAACGCUUCGACGUCUCAACUCCAGUAUGGAUUCUGCACGUCGAUGGCUCGGCAAACCAACAAGGGUGUGGGGCAGGCUUGGUACUGACAACACCGGAGGGAUUCAAGAUCGAGUACGCCCUCCGAUUCAACUUCCGAACCUCCAACAAUGAAGCGGAAUAUGAGGCGCUCUUGGCCGGCCUUCGGUUAGCCAAGAGCAUGAAUGCAAAACAAAUCAGGAUUCACAGUGACUCCCAGCUCAUUGUGAACCAGGUAACGGCAGACUUCGCGGCCAGAGACGCCUCCAUGAACGCCUACCUUUCGUCUACCCACCAGCUGCUCCUAAGCUUCCGAGCCUACGAGAUCAAGAAGAUCCCCAGAAGCGAAAACAGCCAUGCCGAUGCAUUGGCACGGUUGGCUUCGGCAAUCAAUGAUAAAGUCGGAAGAACGGUGCCGGUGGAGAUUCUUACUCGACCGAGUACGGUAACCUCUGAAACAUGUACCGUACGGUACGAAGAUACAUGGAUGUCUCCUAUCUACUCGUACCUGACCAACGACACCCUUCCAGAAGACAAAGCUCAGGCCCAAAAGCUGAGGUACCGAUCGGCAAGGUACACCGUUAUUAACGACGUCCUUUACAAACGUGGCUACACAACUCCAUAUCUCAAAUGCCUUACGGCAGAACAGGGGGACUACGUCCUUCUGGAGAUCCAUAAUGGUGUGUGCGGCGACCAUUCCGGGUCCCAGUCACUCGCCCACAAAACCUUUCGGCAAGGGUACUUUUGGCCGACCAUGCACCAGGACGCUAUCUCGCUAGUGAAAAAGUGUGAUAAAUGCCAGCGUUUCGGCAGCAUACCGCACAUCCCUGCCGAACCUCUGACACCGAUCGGCAAAGGCCAGGUGAAAUACGCAGUGGUCGCCGUCGACUAUUUCACCAAAUGGGUAGAAGCCGAACCUCUGGCAACCAUAACGGCAGCAAAGAUAGAGGACUUCGUCUGGACUCACGUUUGUUGCCGGUUCGGUAUCCCGUAUGCGAUCAUUACCGACAACGGCAGACAGUUCGAUUCGGAACUCUUCAGGCAAUUUUGCACCCGCUUGAAAAUCAACUUGUUUUUCGCAUCACCGGUGCAUCCCCAGUCAAACGGUCAAGUAGAAGCAAUAAACAAAAUCAUCAAGAAACUACUGAAACGGCAGCUGGACAAAGCCAAAGGAGCCUGGCCAGAAAAGCUUCUUGAAGCACUCUGGGCCAUUCGGACAUCUUACCGAACGUCCACGGGAGAAUCCCCUUUCUCUUUGGCUUUCGGUUCGGAGGUUGUGGUGCCCGUGAAAAUCGGCGAACCUUCCUACCAAACGGAAACCUUCGCACCGAAGUCAAAUGAAGAAGCACUCUCUCUAAGCCUCGAUCUUCUUGAAGAGCACCGGGCACAUGCCAACCUUCGGAAUGAAGCCUACAAGCAACGUGUCUCUCGGUAUUACGACUCCAGGGUCAGACACUGCUCAUUCCGAAUCGGAGAUUGGGUCAUGCGGAAGGUAUCCCUAGCGACCAAGGAUGCUACGGAAGGAACCCUCGGCCCUUCCUAG